UAUUGUAACGCUAGUUAAGAAAGUAGUGGCAGAGUUCAGUGUUUGGUAGUGCUGAGGAAAGUCAAAGUGCAGCUAGCCCACCCCCCCCCUUUUUUUUAUUGGUUGGUGACUAUUAUGGCCGCACAUGGCGAGCACAGUGACCACAAGAAAUUAAGCCCGUAAAUUCACUUAAACUGAGUUUUUUUUUUUUAAUUCGAGGAGUAAUUUUGCCAUUUUUUUAUAUAAUACAUAAUAAUAAUUAAAAAAUAUCCAUAUACUAAAAGAGAAAUCGAAUUAAACAUUUAAAUUUGACGCACAUGGCUCUUAUAAAUAUGAUUUGUUUGAUCAAGGUACAUCAUCAACGUUGAUCAAAACCGAAGAGUUAUUAGGGGUAUUACUAAGUCAAUUUGUUAAUUCUUGAUAAUUGAAAAAUGAUGAUAUAGGAGGCGAAGAGAUUUCACCUUCGCAAGGAGUUGGAUUUCGAAUCUUAAAAUGAUAGAAUUUAUACUUGAAUCUUUUCUCAUCAAAACCUGAUCAAGGAAACUAAACAGAACUUGUGCUUUCCUGAUUGAUAUUUUCAUUUCACUACUGAGUAUAAUCAUCUAAAAAGUUAGGCUUUUCAGCGAUUCGUUCAAUAAUGAUUCUUCGCGGGACCCUCCUAUCGAUUUAAUAUCUAGAAAAAAACUGGGUUCACAAUUUUAAAGGGUAAAACAAGCUACCGAAGAUGAUCUCUGUCAAACUGAAGUGUGUGUGCCUGAUAUGGUACAUGGGGAUAGCUGCAGUGAUUCAGGGUCAGUCAGUAUCAGACUUUCCCACGUCAAAAAAGUGUGUCAAUCCAAGGGAACAGAGUAACGAAGAGAACUCCUGGCAGUCCUUAAAAAGCUUCGAAAACUCGUUGCGCUCAGAAAAUGAUCUAAUUUCAUCCUCCGAAUCCUCGAAUGCACACAGCCUUAUGAUCGCCUUAAAUAAGAGGAUUCCCUCUCAAGAAAAACCGAUUUCGCGGCUUCGGCUUGGAAAAUUACCCCACAAAAGACUAAAGACAGCUCAAACAUGUAAAACUGCGCUGUCUCUACCACUCAGAACUCAACAACCCAUGCUGAUCGAGAUUCUUGAUCAAACAAAUCAACAUCUCUCCAAAAAUACGCACGGAGCUUUUAAUGAGCCGAUGAAAUACGAUAUUCCUUUGAAAGGUUCCCAAGGCUUUGAAUCGGAUGAUAAGAAAGCUCAGAGAUCAGAGAGCUCAAGUACAGGAGCCAACGAGAUACCAACCGUUGAAGAGCCUCCAAAACGUUUACACCGAAGAUGGGAAGCAACGCCAAAAACCAAUUUCGAUAGAACCACCGUCGAAAACUACUUCCUCGAACUGUGUUCGGAAAAAAAAGCUGAAGGGGACGUAAUUCAUACGGUGGUCAACACUCCACACUCUAGAGAUGUGGACAGGUCAGAGGUGGGUCCUGAAUGUGAUUUGAAAGCAUGGAAUCCAGAAGUACAUCCAGAUCAAAAUUCUUUUAAAAUCCCAAUUACGAAUUAUGGCAUUUGUCAAACUAUCGAUCCCCAAAAUUCUUAUGAAGAUGUGCGAAAGUGCGGCACCCCUUUUCAAAACUUACUAAACUCUCAAAAGGAAAAUAUACCGAGCCACACACCUCUGUCAGAUACUGUGGGUCGUGUGUUCGCUCCACGCGAUAUCGGGAUGGAAAGUCAGCCUUUUACUUUCAAUAAGCAGACCUUUUGCGAUUCCAUUUUGAAGCUUGAAGGAACUGACCCUCUAGAGGGCCCUACGCUUAAACUUCAGCGCUCCAGCCAGUUUAUCCCGAUCUGUCCGGAAGUACACAACAUCACAGAGAUAUAUUGGGAGCUGUGCAAAGACUGCGUGAGUGACGAUGAGUUUUUCGAGGAGCUGAAGAAACAAAACUGGACGGAGGAUAUUUUGAAGCUACAAGGUUUUCCCCAAAAUCCCACUUUCCAAUCCCGAGACCCCAUCCCAACGAGCAGUCUGGAGACUCUUUGGCAUCGACCAUCUGAAGCUGUAAAACCUCUUCCCCAUGAGGCGUGGCAACCAUCGUCCGUGGUAACUCAACCGGUCGGGAACGAGAUUAAACCGUUGUCACAUGGAUGGGGUCAGCUUCCAACCAGUAUCAGUGCCCGAGAUGUAACCGAUCUGAAUAACUAUUUUAUUCCCCUGGAAUCGCGAACCUACCCCCCUGGUUUGUGCGUUCCGGCCAACCCGAACAACAUCAACAGCAGCAGCAGCAGCAGCAACAACAACAACAACAACAACAACAACAACAACAACAACAACAACAACAACAACAACAACAACAAUACUAGCCAGGAAGUCAAGCCUUUCCCUGUCAGGAGUAUGUUCCAGCCAGCAAAAGGGUUUGACCAUGCUCGCGGUGACCACGACAACAUCAUUAACCGACAACUGGCAACCACUCCAAAAGUUUUCAUUCCUCCGGAUAUUCGUAGGCCCGAAAUCAAAAUUAUGACAUCGAAUUUUUCCCCGGAUGCCCACACAAGUGAGAAGCAGAAUGUCCACGAAAAACACGAGAAGGGAGGGAAAAUAAGCUCAGAGGAGGAACCUGUGAUCGGGGUAGAGUUUUUUUCGGCGUUCAACCAGGUGACGAAAACGAAAAUCCUUCAGGCGCAGAAAGUCGAGAGGGAUGGAGACAUCAUCUUGCUGCCAAUAACCAGGGGUGAGAAAAGCAAAGAUGGGAAAGAAGGGGCACGAGAAGUGGAGGUGCAUUUGACGACUUUUAAUUGCACAAAGCGGGACACUCCAGAGAACCUGCGGAUGGAAAAGGUCAACCUGAAAGAGCUGCACAAGGGCGAGACUUGGCCUCACCUCACUUAUCUUAAGCUCAUACCACUAUCAGAGUCCUUUGAUCAGGAGCUUUUGCAGCGAGAUAAGUCCGAGGAGGUGGCAGAGCUUCUCAAAACCAGUAUCACCACCGACAUCAAGCCCAUUAAUCAGACUGAAGCUGGAGAAUAGUGUAAACUUGUAAAUAUAUUAAUGUGUUCCGGAAA